CCAAGCUCAUCACAUUCCAUGGGGAUCUUCCAUAUUCCUCCUGUGUAAUCAUAGAAAAGCUGGAGUUACUUGGUUCAUAAGAUGUGGUGGGAUAGGGAGGAUUUGGCACUGUAUACAAGAUGGUGAUGAAUGAUGGUAGCAUAUUUGCUGUUAAAAGGAUCAACCGUAGUUGUGAAGGAUCUGAUAAAAUUUUUGAGAGAGAGCUCGAGAUCUUGGGUAGCAUAAAGCAUAUUAGUCUUGUCAAUCUAUGUGGCUACUGCAGUCUUCCAACUGUCAAGCUUCUCAAGCUUCCAACUGUAUACAAAAUGGUGGUGAAUGAUGGUAGCGUAUUUGCUGUUAAAAGGAUCAACCGUAGUCGUGAAGGAUCUGAUAAAAUUUUUGAGAGAGAGCUCGAGAUCUUGGGUAGCAUAAAGCAUAUUAAUCUUGUCAAUCUACGUGGCUACUGCAGGCUUCCAACUGUCAAGCUUCUCAUGUGUGAUUAUGUAACCUUGGGCAGCUUAGAUCACUUCCUUCAUGGCAAGAAAAGCAACCUCUGAACUGGAAUGCUCGGUUAAGAAUUGCUCUUGGUUCUGCUUGAGGACUGGCAUAUUUACACCAUGACUGUUGUCCACGGAUAGUGCAUCGUGACAUAAAAUCCAGUAACGUACUCCUGGAUUAAAAUCUGGAGCCUCAUGUUUCUGACUUUGGCCUUGCUGAACUGUUGGUUGAUGAGGGUGACCAUGUAACGACUGUGGUUUCUGGCACUUUUGUAUGUUGUUAACUUUCAUUUAUAAUUUAACACAUUAUUAUAUCUUCUAGAAUCUUGCACAGCCCCCAUUUGGGUUCAGUAUUUAUAUCAACAGGGAAAUCCAAAUAACAGAAUCAAACUCUCCUUAUGUCUAGCCUAACCAGGUUGUUGUCUUUUGUUUCCUUGAAUAUAUUAUAAAUAGCAAUUCAAAAAUCUUAUGUUUGCCACCUUUCAAUCAGUCUGUUUUGUUUACAUCUUAGUUG